CGAAAAGCAAACCGAACUCGAGAAAAUUUGUUCUGGAUUUCAGAAGGUCAAUGAUCUACCGGAUCAAGUCCAAACCCUAGCCGCACAGCAGGAAACCCUGGCCAAAAGACUUUCUGAACAUCAGGAGGAGGGCUUGCAAGAUCAAGUCAGGGCUCUGGCAGAUGAACAGAAAAAGCUACUCGAGAGAUUUUCUGAUUCUCAACAAGACAAUAUACGGAAUCAAAUCAAGUCUCUGAUUGACGAACAGAAAACCUUGGCUGGGAAACUCGUCAAAACCCAGGAGGAACACGAUCAGCUCAAAGCUCUUGUCGAGGCUCAAGAAGACCUGGCAAAGAAACUCUGCGAGAUCCAAUCAAGCAAUGAAGACGACUUGAAUAUGUUGAAAGCCUGUCCAGAUGAGCUCAAAGCAGUGCUUGACCGUGUUUGCCAACUCGAGACCUCCACACUUGAAAAGUACCAGAAUGUUGUGGAAGAACAUAGGCUUCUCGAAGGCUCCACGUCGAAGAACCUUACAGGACUAACUGAAAGGGUCGAUGGCCUAGUGAAGCUAGUCGAGAGCAGCCAGCAACCACCGCGACUAGAAGAGCCUCAGCAAGAUGAUAAUAUCAGUGCAAUGAAAGAUGAGCCUGAGGGGAAUGAUCAGGAUGCUGAAGUCGCCAGGUUCAUGAGUAUAGCUGAAUCCACUCCAGCGCGUGCUUUACAAGAGCGGAAGAGGAAACGGCCUGUUACGUUUAAUGCAUCCGACGAAGAGCGUUCCAGUCUAAGUAGACCCGAAUCACCAACUUCCAAUGCUGCGGGUUCCGCAGCGGGAGGUGACGCCGCGCCAUCAACGGACAAGAAAAGCCGCAAAAAGAAACAAAAGAAGCGGAAAUUACAGAAGAAUAAAGGUGCGCAGGCAGCAGACAAGAUAAUAACAAUUGACUGAAAGGGGGUUGUAGGUGUAUGACUGAGGCUGAGAGUUACCCCCUGGAUGGUGUUCUUGAAGCAGUACAC